AUACAGACGAAGACCCUACAAAGACAAAACUGCUGUUACAAGCGGAGGGCAAAAUGUCUGCUUUGUUUGCCAAAAGCCAGUUUUCAAAAUAGUGCGACACUUCAGAACACACAUAAAGGAGGACAGUGACAUUGCAAUUGCUCUUAGUCUCCCUGUCAGGUCAAAAACUAGAAAGGAAUUGCUUGAGAAACUUCGGAAUAGGGGAAACUUCAUGCACAACAAUGAUGUUCUAAAGAAUGGAUCUGGUUCACUCAAAGUCAAGCGAAAGGCUAAAGGUGACUAUAAAAAUUAUGAGUACUGUGUCCACUGCAAGGGGAUGUUUUUACGGCCCGAGUUGUGGAGACACAUGAAGAGGUGCUCCUCCAAACCAGGGGACAAUGAACAUCAUGGCAGAAAGCGAGUUCUUGGCCUUGCAGCACUGGUCAAAUCUGCGUGCUCUAGCACUGAAGAUGGCGUGCUUAAAAUGUUAAGUCGUAUGCAUGACGACAAGAUUUCAGAUGUUGUUCGCAACGACUUUUGCCUGUUACGGUUUGCAGAGUCUCUUUAUAGCAAACAUGGUCAUGAUGCAUCAAAGCAUGACUAUAUACGUCAAAAAACCCGCCAACUUGGACGUUUCUUACAGACUUUGCACAGAAAGUCCUCAAUCCAAACUCUAGAGGAUGCUAUAAAACCAAGCAACUUUAUGAAGGUCAUUGAGGCGGUAAAGGAGACAGCAGGAUUUGACAAAGAUAAGAACAGUUACAAAACUCCAAGUCUAGCCUUGAAAAUAGGACACUCCCUGUUAAAAGUGAGUGACAUUAUACGUUGUCAUGCUCCCAUGGCUGGAGACGAGGACCUCAUUAAAUCGUCAGAAGCGUUCCAGAAACUUUAUCAGGCAAAAUGGUCAGAGUACAUUUCACACUGUGCUCUGAGUACUAUUAGUGAUUUGAAGUACAAUAAACCAGAUAAUCUACCACUCACUGAAGACAUCAAAAAACUUCACAAGCAUCUUGACAAAAGUGCAGAAUUGGCAACUGCAGAACUGAAGAAAGAGGCAACAGUACAGAACUAUUCCAGUCUAGCACAUACAACAUUGACCAAGAUAGUCCUCUUCAACAGAAGACGCAUUGGAGAGGUGUCAAAGAUGAAACUGAGGAAUUUUCUUGAACGAGAUCACUCAAACACACAUGAAGGAAUGGCACUGUUGGAAUACGAACAGAAGGUGUGCAACUAUUUUGAGCGUGUUGAACUUAAAGGGAAAAGAGGGAGAAAGGUAGCAGUUCUACUAACUCCCGAAAUGUCAACUGCACUCAAUCUGAUGAUUGCAAAGAGAAAGGAAUCAGUUCAUAGACAAUUCUACCGACUGUCUGAGCCCACUAUACAAAGUGGAAAUAUUUCAAAGUUGCUGCUUGCACUGGAAAAGGGAAAGCUACAUAAGCUGCACGGAAAAUCGCUUGAUGAAAUUGGAGAUUUCACGGAGGAGGAGGAGAAGGAGGAGGAGGAGGAUGACAGCGAAGAUGAGGAAACCAUUCCUGCUGAAAAUGUACUGCAGGAAGAUGCUCCUGCUGAAAUGAAUGGGUUGUCACAACCACCAGCUCAGCCAUCUCAACACACUACAUUUCCCAUCAUCCCCUCUGGCUACCACCUGUGCGCACUCAACAAUCACCACACCUGCCUGCCAUCAGCCUCAUUAAUCCCUCUUCAUAAGCCAGCACCACACUCACUGUUGUCUGGUCUCAAGGUUGCACACUAUCCGUAG